ACGUACCAAGGAUGCAAUCCCGAAUAUCAGUACGAGCGCAAGUCCAACCCCCGCCGUGUGCUCACCAAACCCUCAAAGCCCACCCACAACGAUGGCUACGACAACGAGGAUUGGGACUACAUCCUCUAUGUCAACGAUAUCCUGGGUGUGCAAGAAGGCCAGCAGUAUCGCAUCCUCGAGACGCUCGGCCAGGGUACCUUUGGUCAGGUCGUCAAGUGCGAAAACAUCAAGACCAAGGAGCUGGUGGCCAUCAAAGUCAUCAAAAACAAGCUUGCCUACUACAACCAGUCGCUGGUUGAAGUGACGAUUCUGAACAUGCUCAAUACCCAGUUCGAUCCCGACAACAAGCACCGGCUCGUGCGCAUGCGCGAUACUUUUGUGUUCCGCUCCCAUCUGUGCAUCAUCUUUGAGAUGCUGAGCGUGAAUCUGUUUGAGCUGAUCAAGCAGAACAACUACCGCGGCCUGAGCAUCCACCUUGUCCGGCUCUUCAUCUCCCAACUGCUGGACUCGCUGGUGGUCUUGAAUCAGGCGCGCAUCAUCCACUGUGACCUGAAACCCGAGUCUAACAUCUGUCUCUCUCUUUCCGCCAUUCGCAGCCUGGAAGCCCCGGACAUCAAGGUCAUCGACUUUGGCUCUGCCUGCCACGAAAACGAGACCAUCUACACAUACAUCCAGUCCCGCUUCUACCGUGCACCCGAGGUUCUUCUUGGACUUCCGUACACUUCGUCCAUCGAUAUGUGGUCGCUCGGAUGCAUCGCCGCAGAGCUCUAUCUCGGCCUGCCCCUGUUUCCAGGAUCGUCCGAGUUCAACCAACUGUCUCGCAUCGUGGAGAUGCUCGGUGUGCCUCCCACGUACAUGUGCGAGAAGGGCAAGUCCUCAAGCCAGUUUUUCGACAAGAUUGACACCCCGACCGGUCGGCAGCACGUGCUCAAGUCGAUCCAGACUUACAUGGCCGAAAACAACACGACCGAGCAGCCCUCGAAGCGAUACUUUAACGGCACGACCCUGGCCGAAGUCAUCAAUGGCUACCCUCUUCCCCGGAAGGGCAAGGAGCUCGAGAAAGAACUGGAGGCGCGCGCUUCCCUGCUCGAUUUCCUCGAGGGUGUUCUCAACCUCAAUCCGCUCGAGCGCUGGAGCCCCCAACAAGCCAAGAUGCACCCCUUCAUCACCGGGGAAAGAUUU